UAAUAAAUUGUAUUUUUAGUUGCUAAAACAAUCCCAAUUCAAAGAUUUAUGGCAUACAUGAAAAAGGGGAAAACCACAGUUCGUCAUGCACGUGGGAUCGUGGUUGGUUGUGGAGGAGCAGGGAAGACCACACUUCUGUACAGACUGAUGGGGAAAAGUCUUGACGAAAUUAAGGAAAUAAAAUCUACCAGGGGACUUCAUGUCUAUGAGCACAUAUUUUUGGUGAAAAAUGAAGGUUUAAUUGCAACUAAAGAUGACUUUCUGAAGAAACGACUGAUAAGAGUUCCAAUUUCCGCACUUAAAAAGAACAAACAGAAUGUUGAAGCUGGCUUAUUACAUGCGUCCGAAAAAUUUGAAAACAGUGCCAGUUUGCAACAUAUUCAAAACGAAACGUUGGCUGGAAAUGAAUUUGACGAAAAUGUAUUGACUUUGCAAAAUUUGUCAUUGGAUAAAGAGGAAAAUGAUGCAAAUGAUAAGCGAUUGACACGUGACUUGAUGAAAGAAAUUUUGGAUGCUAGGGAAAAUGAAACAAGUGUCAGCAUUAUUGAUUUUGCUGGACAAUUUGCUUACUAUGCAUGUCAUCAGAUCUACAUGAGAUCUGAAGCAUUCUACGUCCUGGUGUUGGAUAUGACUAAAGCUUUCCAUAAAGUUAUUAACAGUAAAACAGAUAAGCACCAAGGGAGAUCUAUCUUCACUACAUGGUCCUACAAAGAUUAUUUACAUUUCUGGCUCGACUCCAUAAAAUCCUUUGGCGGAACUUCUGCUCAGGUUUUUGCUGUGGCUACGCAUGCAGAAGGCAAAAAAGAAAAGAAACAGGAUUGUUUUUGGGAGAGUCUUUGGGCGUUAGUCUCAGAGAACGACAAAACUUGGCUCCAAAAAUGCAUUGGUGAUAAGGAAUUUACAUUAGGACUCAAAAAGAUGAAUGAACAAGGAAAUUUGUCACUGCAGAGUCUUAAAAAUGCAAUCGUUGAGGUUGUAUCGAAACUUAUGGACACAAAGAUAGAAGUUCCCUCGGCAUGGGCUCUUCUUGAACAUCUCUUGAAAAACACAGAAAAGCCAAUCUUGUCAAUCGGUGACAUUAACAAAGAGAAUAAGAAACUUCCAGAAGAAUAUCAAUUGAAGAAUCAGGAAGAAAUUUUCGAUUUCCUAUCUUUUUUUCAUGGGCAUGGAUUGUUACUCUUUUUUAAGGAAGAUGAACUGAGAUCACAUGCAAUUCUAGGGAUACAAUGGUUUUCUAAUGCGUUCAGUAAACUUAUUGCCGACAAGGAACACAUCAACAGGGACUGCAAACGAAGAUACAUCAAAGAAUGGAACAAUUUCAAUGUCACAGGAAACCUGCCUAAUUCACUUGUCGAUGCUCUAUGGAAAGAAGAACCAACAUAUGUCCAAUAUAAGACAGAACUUAUGUCAUAUAUGGAAAGACUACGAAUGUUAGUCAGAAUUGACAGAACAGAAGACGAUAUCUCUUGGUAUGUGCCCUGUAUGAAUAAAAAGUGUUUCACACACGACGUCUUUGAAAAGAAACUAGAAAAAUCAUCUGUUUUGUGUUUUCGAUUCACGUCUUUUGCGAUGUUUGUGUAUUACAGGCUUAUUGCAUAUUGCAUGAGUUUUCUUAAGUGGGAUGUACCAUCAGAUAAAAAGGGAAGCCAAUGUUUGUAUCACACAGCUGCAAUAUUUGAAACCCAAAAUCAUACUGUUGUUGUUGGCAUUUCUGACAAUGACAUCCAAGUGCAAGUCUUGCGAAGCAAUAAUCUGCAUCCAGAAGUUUCCUGUGAAAUUGGAAGAGCCAUUGAAAUUGCCUUUACAGAAUUGACGAAAACAUUUGAUGAGAAGAAAACUUUUCUAAAGGGCUAUAAAUGCCUUAAUAUUUUCUGCAGUAAAGGUGAUACGACAUUCAUUCCAGAAAAUAACGUACAUGAAAUAAAGGACUCCGUGAUUCAAUGCAACUGUCCGAUAGGGAAGAGACAUGACAUAGAUGUUCCAUGGACAUUAGGAUUUUGGAAAAAGGCAAAAGAAAAAGAUAUGGAUGAGAAUCGCGUUGUCGAAAGUAUAGUAUCUGCCCAGGAUUCAAAAAGGCGAUACUGGGAGAACUUUGAAAAACUGACAGAAAUUUCCCGAGAUGUGUUGCAAAAUUACUUCGACAACAAAUUACCUCCACAAGAUCUAAAACAAGUGUUGACAACACACAAGGACGAUAUGAAGAAGGGUCCUUACAGAUUUGGGGAGGAUCAGCUGAGGAUUCUUUUUCCAGGUGACGGCAGCCUUGCAACCUCUUCGUCAUUCGACGUUACGAUAAUGUACAAGCUGCUGAGAAACUAUCAAGGGGAUGACUCGCCUUGGUGGGGAAAGACACCAAGGACUGAAGAUAUAAAUGACAUAAAUGACAUUGAACGCAUCCGGGACUACAGAAAUAAGAUGAAACAUGCAGUGUCUGAAACCAAGGUCCUUGAAAAAGAUGUAUUUGAAAUAUACUGGUUAGACCUAACUCAGGCUGUAGAAAGACUGAGUAUGGGGAAGUAUAGAGCAGCUAUAGAACAACUCAAAUCACAGAUUUAAGGAAAUCUUGCAGUGACGAAAUAAAUGUGUGACUGAUGUUUCAACAAUUUGAUGUCAAAGUUGUAGUUUCUUUGAUAAUUAUAAUUAUUUGAAAUGAACAGGAAACCUUCUUCGUCUAUUUACGACAAAUUCAAGAAUAUAUAUGUAUUUACUGUCCAUAAAAUACUUUACAACAAUUAUGUGUAAAGAGAUGUAUUGUUGUUUUCUUAUAAUAUUUAUGAUAUUAAUAUAUUUGUAUAUAAAUGUAUGUGUGUAUUUAAGUAAACAUAACUCCGCAUCUUUUAUUUGAGUUUUAAUUCAAAACAUAUUGAUAAAUUGUAUGAACAAAUUCAUAUGAUGCGUGCAUGGAAGAAAACUAUCAAAAUAAUUGAAACAAGAAUAUGUGCAGUCUCGUUUUAAGUCAUCAUUUCGUAAGUUCUAUGGUCGAUACAAUGACCUUGUCAGUAUUACAAUGAAAUAUAUUGCCUUUGUUUGUAUAAGGCUUAUUAUAUUUAUAUCCCCCGCUUGAAAAGUGGGAGAGUAUAGUAAUCGGUAUGUCCGUCUGUGCGUCCGUCUGUUACGCUCUGGGUUACCCGUCUCUUAUCCGCAACUCCUCUUAUACCACUGAGUGAAAUUAGAUGAAACUUUCACAGAAUCUUUAUUACACAUAGUCAUUGUGCACCUCCCUAUUUACUUUUUGGUCCGACACAUAUUUUGGUUUUCCCGGCCAUAGCAAAACAUGGACUUUUCCAUUAACCAUAUGGGAGGCGGGGGUAUCAUUUAGUGUGCGCAUUACACACAAUACCUCUAGUAAUAAUUUACAUUGUAUUUUACAAGAAGUUGGAUUUAAUUUUAUGUUUAUUCAAAUUAUACUCAUAGAUUCCUUCGAAAUGAUAUGUCACUUUUCGAUAUAUUUAAUAUCUCAAAGAUCUAAAAUGAUUUUGA